AUGGCCCGGCUGGGUCACCCCUCCGGUGAAGCUGGAAUCGCAGAAGCAUGUCGCAGCUUCGGUGCCUUGCAGAUAAUUUCAAACAGCGCCUCGAUGACGCCUGAACAGAUCGUUGCGGGCGCCGCCCAGGCCAAAGAGGAUGACGAGCGCAGCGGCAACGUCAUCGGUUCUGAGGCUCCAUAUCAGAGUGACAGCAAUGGCACGGGUCCAAUCAUCCAGACUGAAGACCCAGUAUUCAAGGGGAUGGAUCCUUCUCUUACAUGGGCAGAGACCCUGGCGUGGUUGGCAAAGCACACCGAACUUCCGAUUGUCAAAGGAAUCAUCCUUUCAAACCACGGUGGUCGAUCUCUCGACACGGCUCCUCCUGCUGUCCACACCCUGCUCGAAAUCCGAAAAUACUGCCCUGAGGUCUUCGACAAGAUUGAGGUAUGGGUCGAUGGCGGGGUCAAGAGGGGAACUGAUGUGGUCAAGGCUCUCUGUUUGGGUGCCCGCGGCGUUGGAAUAGGAAGAGCUGCGCUCUGGGGUUUGGGGGCCGGUGGAGUGAAUGGCGUAAAGAGAACAUUGCAAAUUUUGACUGACGAGACCAAGACAUGUAUGCGACUUCUCGGAGUGAAGAAUAUUGAUGAACUUGGGAAGCAACAUAUAAACACUCGACUGGUAGAGAAACAGAUCUAUGAUGGGCCAUCUGGUCUGGAAGCCUGUCAGACAAUCAGCCGACCGAAACUGUAG